AUGGAUGGAAAGCCUGACAAGGAAACCAUCGAGGAUCAGCAUGCAACUGACAGUGACUGGAGCAAUGCAAUGCACACGGCAAGAGAAGAGUUUGCAUCGAGCACUGAAUCUCCAUCGGAGUCAAGCAUAAUGAAGCAUGUACUUGGCGCUGCAUGCAUGCUGAGCCAUGAAAACAAUGACGAUGAGCAGGACAAGGUCUCGAAGUUUGAUGUUUACAUUGUGAAUGGCAGUGGAAAAGUGAAUGGAUAUGAGCUGAAGCACAUCAGCCCUAUUGAAGAUCUUGAGUCUGAAAGUCUUCAGGGAGACUCGUUUGUAGAUGGCAUAAGAUCGUUCCACUUUGAUAGAAAGGACAGGAGUGUGCCACCUAAGGAGUUAUAUGGAAGACGAUCGCGUGGCUCAGCUGUGAAGAGCGAUAGUAAAGCCACUCUUGCAUCCAAAGGUAGCCAUGAUCCCAUCAUCCUUGAGAUUUCUGACAUAUCCAGUGCAUAUAAUGCUGAUGAGUCAGAGGAGGAGCCAAAUAUACAUCAAGCACACACAAAAGAUCAGAAGUACCGGAAGAACAAAUCUGAUCGCAUGAAUAAUGUGAUGUACUUAAAUGAUAUGCAUGAUGAAUUUCCACUGCCGCAACUCGAUAAUGAAGAAAGUGACUCAUUAAGUACUAAUGAUAGUUAUUGCUCAGUUAAUGGAGUUUUAUGCGAUAUGCUUGAACACACCAUAAGUCCAUGCGAUUCAAGCUGUCGUUCGUCAAAUAAGAAUAACUCAUCUGGAUCAAGUUACUGCUCAUUGAAUAAGAGCAACUCAUCAUCAUUGGAAGAAAAGACUAUUUGUGAUAGUAGACAUAAUCAUGAGUUCAAAGGACCUACAAGCGUGAAUCUUCUAUCUGAAGGAUUGAAAAUACCGGUGGAGGGAGAAGUUGUUAUUAUCAACCAGGGUGCAGAUAAAGAUGUAUUGCGAGAGCUUGGGAUUUCAUCUACAUGCAAGCUGAUGCAAGGUCCGUACGAUAUAAUGGCGGAUUCAAGCAAAUCUACGAAUGGAUUCAAUAUGACGCCUGAUAAUACAAAUGGCAGCGAUACUAACGAGCCUAAUGCGAUCAGGGAUGCAAUUAGUGAAAUACAAGCGCAGGUGUUUGGAGGCACUACAGCAAUCAAGAAAAUCGGAUUGAACAAUCCUAGUCAGUCAAUACUGAGCGGAGGGAAACCCACACCAGACUUUGGUUGUGUAGACAGAGAGCUGAAAACUGCUCUGCUUGCUGCAUUUAUUCCUUCAAUUGAUGCUCCAAGUGACACAUGCUCUAGUAAAGCAUCCUUUGUUGAGACAAGCUUUACAAGGCGAGCCAAUGAAGACGAGCUGAACGAGGUACGAGCACAGAUUGAAAGCGAAAAGCAACUGGCCAGUAAUCAAAAAGCAAGCUCAGAUGUAAAGGAAAAUGAAAACAUGAUUCUUUUUAUUGAAGUAAAGGACUCAGCAGACAAGAAGCUGAAUGCGUCGUUCACAAGGAAUAACCGUGUUGGAAAGCUAGUCAAGUUCUUUGAAGAGUUGGGAGAGGAUAAUGAAGAAAAUAAACUUGAUUAA